UCCAACCGCGACCGUUAGCUGGGCCGGGCGAAUGCGGCGGUACCAAGAGGAGAAAAAUCUGACCGUCCGUGCCGGGUGAUGUGAAAAGUCACAAUACCGCAUCAAAAUCAGGGGAUUCAGUCGGAUGCUCAGGCCAGGAACAGGGUAUGAGAAUCGCCUUUUGUCUAAUGGUGAUGGGCUCAUCUGAUUGGUGAGAGCGAUUCGGGCCUUCGUGAUCUCUUUUGGAGCCUGAUCCUGACAUUUGGGUGACGGCGGUAUCUUCAUAUCACCUCCAACUGCCUGGCAUCCUUACUUUCCCCACCUCUGAUCUUCUGGAGGAGAAACAUCUUUAAGUGAUCAGACACCUCACCACCACACACUUCCCAGCCAGACUCCCCCUCCCCUCCCAACACCACCUCAUCCUCACCUCCCCGAGAGGGAGCGAACAGCAGCCACCAUGGUGCUGUCACAGAGACAGAGAGAUGAACUAAACCGGGCCAUAGCUGACUACCUUCGUUCCAAUGGAUACGAGGAGGCGUAUUCCACUUUCAAGAAAGAAGCAGAGUUAGAUAUGAAUGAAGAAGUAGAUAAGAAGUAUGCAGGACUUUUGGAAAAAAAAUGGACCUCAGUUAUCAGAUUACAGAAGAAGGUUAUGGAGUUGGAGUCAAAGUUGAACGAGGCUAAAGAGGAGAUGACACAUGGAGGAUCUGUGGGCCAGAAGCGAGACCCCAAGGAAUGGAUCCCUCGUCCCCCUGAGAGAUACGCCUUGAGUGGGCACCGUGCUCCAGUUACACGAGUCAUAUUCCACCCCGUGUUUUCUGUCAUGGUCACAGCUUCUGAGGAUGCUACCAUUAAGGUGUGGGACUAUGAAGCAGGGGACUUUGAGCGAACCCUCAAAGGUCACACAGACUCUGUGCAGGACAUCUCCUUUGACCAGACAGGAAAGCUGCUGGCUUCAUGUUCAGCGGAUAUGAGCAUCAAACUUUGGGACUUUCAGGGGUUUGAGUGUAUCCGAACAAUGCAUGGCCAUGAUCACAAUGUGUCAUCUGUAGCUAUCAUGCCAAAUGGUGACCAUAUAGUGUCUGCCUCCAGAGAUAAGACUAUCAAGAUGUGGGAGGUGGCUACUGGGUACUGUGUGAAGACAUUUACAGGCCACAGGGAGUGGGUGAGGAUGGUGCGUCCCAAUCAGGACGGCUCGUUGAUUGCCAGCUGCUCCAAUGACCAGACAGUGCGUGUCUGGGUGGUCGCCUCGAAGGAGUGCAAAGCUGAGUUGCGGGAACACGAACAUGUGGUAGAGUGCAUCGCCUGGGCCCCUGACAGUGCUCACCCCACCAUCCUAGAAGCUACAGGCUCAGAGAAUAAGAAGAGUGGAAAACCCGGGCCAUUCCUUCUCUCUGGUUCCAGAGAUAAAACGAUCAAGAUGUGGGAUGUGAGCAUCGGGAUCUGCCUCAUGACUCUGGUGGGACAUGACAACUGGGUGCGCGGAAUAUUGUUUCAUCCUGGAGGAAGAUUCAUAGUGAGCUGUGCCGAUGACAAAACCAUUAGGAUUUGGGACUACAAGAACAAACGCUGCAUGAAGACCUUGAGUGCCCACGAACACUUUGUUACCUCUCUGGAUUUCCACAAGACCGCUCCCUACGUGGUGACAGGCAGUGUUGAUCAGACAGUCAAAGUGUGGGAGUGCCGCUGAGAGUGCCCCACCUCACCCCACCCCGUCCUGCACCCUCUUCCUUGUGCCCCCUCACCCUCUGCACUCCAAACCAUAGUAGACCAAGGCCGCUUUACCUUCUCCCUGUCCCCUCUUCUCGCUCCCCUCUCCCCGCCUCCUCCCCUACAUUGGUCCAGCCCUAUUAAGAUGACUAUUGUCCUUUUGUGUAAAUUAUUCUGGAUGUAGGGUACGCUUAAUAAAUGUCACGCAAUCUCUGACACAUAAACACACUCAAAAAACAUGAGAAGUAUCCUUGCAUGGUUAAUCCAACAAAAAAAAAAAAAAAAAGUUUCUCUGUUAAAUUUGCAUACCGUUCUCAUGACGUCCUGUCGGGUCAAAGGGUAAAUGUCUGUGUGCUGGCGCAGGUGGGUUCUGGUUAACUGACAGUGCACGAAUACCAAUGGCACCCCUUGUUGGAAGGGGUUUAGGUUUUGUUAAAUUUUGUUUUACUCCAUGCCUCCAUUGUUGUGGUCUGUCACUGUGUGGUUGGUGAUAGAGAAGGUGGGAGGAGAAAAAAAAAAGCGGAGGCUGUCCAGGAAAUGACGACGAAGAUGAAAAACUGAAGCAGGAUGCAGCUUCCUAGUUGAAUCUCAUGAGGUUUUUGUGUGCGAGCGCACGUGUAGGUGUGUGUGUAUAUGUCGUGUGAGUGCGUGCGUGUGCGUGUUUGUAUGUCACGACAGGAGAAUCUCUCCAGCCUCUCUGCUCUGAUGGUCAGAGGAGAGAGAGAGGAGGCAAAGCUUCUCACCCGCUCUGUUCUUUCAUACUGCUUCAUCUCUUUUAACAAACUUGCUUUCUAGUAGACACUCACAGGACCUUAAUGAUCCAUAAGCUGCUGAGAGCACAGGCACACGGCCCAUAGCUAAAGUGUGUUUUACAGAGGAAAAUAAGUCGGCUCACCUUUUUAAGAGGUUUGUGUGUGCGUGUGUGUACGUCACCCCGGAGAAAUCGCCCAGUGCCCUCUUUUGCUCGCUAUCUCUGCCUUGUUAACCCACUGAGGGCUCCCUCACAUGGGAUUUUCAUUCUGCUUUCUGUGGUCUCACCGCUCUCUUUACACACACACACUCACAAAUGCACAUACACACACAGUAAAAGUUGUGUAUCAAUAUAUCUGGAUGUCAUUGUUUGCAACAUAAUAAAUAAAAUUCUGUAAAUAUAA